AAUUUUUAGUUCGUAAAAUGCCAAGAUAGUGAAAGCAUUAUUCAACCGUUCAGCAUUCGCAGCCAUAUGAUAAUGCGAAUGCUCCCUUUAUCAAUAAAGAAUGACAAAAUAACAAUGUGGAGAACUGUAGAAAAUAUAUCGCUCCAUCAUCUGACUUAGUUCGAGGUAACAUCCGUUCAAAUACGUUAAAAUCUAACGAACACCGUCGGCAGGUGUUUAAAGGUGAACACAGACAAUCGAGAGUGUCUUUCAGUCAGCGAAAUGGCCAGUUUUGUGAAUAUUUGAGUUGUGCGAAUAAUUUUUGUUGAAUAUGAAGGUGACCGUGUGUUUUGGUAAUGUGAGAGUAGUUGUGCCAUGCGGAAAUGGGGAUAUAUUUGUUAGGGACCUGAUCAGAGAGGCUACGUUGCGGUUCAAAAAGGCUACAGGAAAGGGUCCAGCCACUUGGGUAUCCGUCCACAAUCUCCAAACCCAGGGUGGCGGCAUCUUAGAUCCGGACGACAAACUUUGCGACGUUGUUGACGACAGGGAGCAGAUCCUAGCUACCUUCGAAGAUGGCGACGGUCCUCAUCACGGAGGUGGGGACGGAGCAAGCGGAAGUUCCGUUGGCACCGGAAGUCCUGACAUAUUUCACGAUGGCGACAAGUACGGCUCCACCUAUCCCCAGACGGACAUCGAAGUGACCGGCGAGCAAAUCGCCAACGGAAUACCUGGAUCCUUGCAGGUGCGAAGGGGGAGUGAACCGGCCCUCAAUCAGCUACCCCCUGGUCCACCUUUGCCGACCGCCGAUAACACGAAGAGGUGGAGCGCGGCGCCUUUGAUAUCCGAACCACCGCCAUCUCUCGGCUACAAUGGCCACUACAUCGAGGACGAGGACUCGACGGGAUUCAGAAGAAUGCAGAGGGACGGCAGCAACCGGCUAUCCAUGCAGUUCUUCGAGGAUGGAGCAGGAUUUAGGUGGGCCGAUGCAGCUGAGAGGGCUAAAGCUAGGGCUCAUACAAGUACAUCACUUCCAAGGGAACACAAACGAAAAGAACCUCUUGGACAAGCAAAUAACAGCACGAGUCCUGUGCCAUCAAUGGACCAGAGCGAGCUUAUCGUGAUAAGAAAUGAACCUGGUCCUCUGGGUAUACAUGUCGUACCGGAUUAUGAUAUUUAUGGAAAGGAUAGGGGUCUCCUUGUCCAGGGGAUAGAGCCUGGGGGAAGAAUUGACAGGGAUGGUAGGCUGGCAAUCAACGACAGGAUUAUAGAAAUCAAUGGGCAGAAUUUACUCAAUAUGCCUUUUCAAAGGGUUCAGGAUAUGUUCAAACUUUCCCUUACUUCGUCCGAACUCAGGCUGAAGGUUGUGAAGGAUUAUACCUUGAAUGGGAUCAAGAAGCAGUUGAGCUGUCACAGAUUCGCAGAGGACAAAGAUUCUUCCAUGGUGGAAUUCGAACAAAAACGUAAAUAUACCCCGAACACCAAGGUAGCCACCGUCUCACCAACGAAGAAAUUACCGACUGGUUCGAAAAAUCUGAAAACUCUGCUCACGGCGAACACCAGAAAAAUAGGAAGAAAGAUCGAGAUUGAAUUAACGAAGGGUCCACAUGGGCUAGGGUUCAGCAUCACAACUAGGGACAAUCCUGCUGGCGGGAACUGUCCUAUUUACAUCAAAAACAUCAUUCCUAAGCAUUCACAGGGCGCUGCUGUAGAAGACGGCCGUUUGAAGAUAGGAGACCGGUUAUUGGAAGUCAACGGUGUGGAGAUGACCGGAAAAAGUCAAUCAGAGGCUGUUGCUGUCCUCAGGAACGCACCUCCAGGUAGCAAAGUCAAAAUCGUGGUGUCCAGGCAAGAAGACGUUGUGGACACUGAAAAUGAACUCCCAAGGAUAAUUGAGUCCGAAGCACAAAAAUCGACCGGCGAGGCCGUAGAAGUACCAAGUAGAAGUAGCGACACACCUCCAACAAUUCCUCCCUUACCUCAGAGCCACCUUCAAGCCCUACAAAAUAGGACUCCUGAAAGGGGAGGGACUGUCGCCAAAAUAGUGUCUCAAUUUCAGGACACAUCGACGGCGUUCAAUCCGCCUGAGAAGUUGGACGACUCCAUGAUUUUCCCUUGGAAACAUCGUGAAGUUCUCACUUUCAACAUCCCGGUUCACGACACGGAAAAAGCCGGCCUCGGUAUCAGCGUCAAGGGGAAGACGAGCGGCAACCAGGACCUUGGGAUUUUCAUCAAGAGCGUCAUCAACGGCGGCGCGGCGUCGAGAGACAAAAGACUGCAGACGAACGACCAACUGCUCAACGUGAACGGCAUUUCGCUACUACAGCAAUCGAACAGCGACGCCAUGGAGACCCUUAGAAAAGCCAUGUUGCAUACUGAAGGUCCUGUCCCGGGGAAUAUCACGCUGACCAUAGCGAGGAGGGCUUCAUCCCCGCCUCCGGUCAAUAGGAAUUAUUCCGUCAGCAGUUCCUCGAGCAAUCCGAAUCUCCUGAACUCCAAUGAAGGAUCUGAAAUAUUCCAAUCGAGCGAUAGCAGCGACCCCUCCAAAAACAAUUCCGGGGCCAGUAACGGCUCCACCAACACUGUGAUCUAUAACCCAUACAUCCACAGCAGAGAGAAUUCGCAAAGUCAUAAUUUGAACCCGAUACAAAACUGGAAUCCUGUGAUAGACCGAUUGGUCGGAAAUAAUAAUAAGAAUAGCCAGUUGAGGAACGAAAGCUACUAUAAGGCCACUCAUGAUACUUGGAGCAGCAGUAUGUUAGCUAACAAUCAAUCUUUCGAUAGUCAUCAUUCUACCACCACCGUUAGCUUGAACGGGGGCGAGCCUAUAUUGAUAGAGGAUGAAUAUGGGUCGAGGGUGCUGAACCAACAAAGUACCAGAAUAAAUGUACAUAUGACGAACAAAAUGAAUCUCUCGAACGGAAGCAUCCCGGAAAGCAGAAAGGACCACGAGCCCGACGGCAAGGCCAGUUUGAACAGCGUCACCUGCGACAACAGAAGUACCGAGUCAUCACAGACCACCAUACAGAGCGGCACCGACGCCACUUACGCCAGUCAGUUGUCCCUGGAGAAUCCGAAAGGGUUCAGCAGGGACGCGUUCGGGAGGCAGAGUAUGUCAGAGAAGAGGCAUGCUACACUGGAUGCCAAGAGUACGGAUACGUACCAGAGAACGAAGAAGUUACGGGAGCAAAGGACCAAGGAGAAAGACUCUAAUUUGGUACGUGUUGGGUCGGUGGAAUCGGUCAUGAGUGUUACACGAACUUCAGAACAUCCAGAAUAUGCAGACAAGUUAGGUCAACUGGGACCCUCGUUGGGAAUGAAGAAGUCGUCAAGUUUGGAGUCAUUACAAACGAUGGUCCAGGAGAUACAAAUGCAGGAAGAGGGAGAUCCAGCUUACAGCUAUCGGGGUCCUUCUGGAGCGUUGAAGGUCAUCAGGGGACGAGGAUGUGAAGAGAGUUUCAGGGCUGCCGUUGAUGAUAGAAUCGUCGACCCUAACCAUCGUAGUGAAAAAUCCCCUAAGAAACAUUGGCUGUUGGAUCCACCAACCGAUAGCGACAAGGAAAUUGAAGGCUUUAAUAAUGUAAGAGGAGGUCCCAGACAGUCCUCGCUGAAUGCUGCUUUGGACAACAAACAUAAAUCGGCCAAGAAAAAGCCUAGUAUACUCAAGGGGAUAGGCUCGAUGUUCAGGUUCGGGAAACACAGGAAGGUGGAUUUUCCCAACGUGGACCCUCACUAUCACCACAGCAGCGAAUUCGACAAUUCUUCCAUCCAGAACGCGGAACCGUCCGAAGAUCAGUCUUCUUCCCAUUCUUCCGGUCAGCAGAAACAGCCCGAAGGUCAUCAGGGCCACCCUUCGGAAAGGACGCAUGAGCAACAGGACAAAUCGCAACAGUUGCAGCAGCAACAGCAGCAGCAGCAGCAACAUAUGAUCAGACAGCAGCAGGGUAACGUCCAAGCCAAUAAUCGUGAGGGACAACAGGGUAACAUUGGUCAACCUCUUUAUCAGAGGCAUUUCGUUCAUCGUCACGCCGAACAAGUUCAGGUGAUACCUGAGAACUCUGUGGCACCACCUGUGAAAUAUCGUAAUAAUGGGGAAGUACAAAGGAGAUCCGAUAGAAAAUUACACGAGCAACGCCAAGCAGCAAGGCAUUCUUAUUAUCCCCCAGAUGAAAGGGAAAAUCUAUACGAACAUAGACAGCUAAGGAAUGAACCGACAUAUGGUGAAUACGGUAGACCGGGCAGUCGAACCGCUGUGACUGAUUCAGUGCCAUUUACCCACUACGUUAACUAUAACGAGCUGCAAAGCCACCUAAGCAAUCGGAAAGAACCCUUGUCUGACAGUCAAAUAGUUCAGAUGCGUCUGCAAGUGCAGCAGCAAAGGUUAAAGGUGGAGGAAGAAAGUCGAAAACAACAUCAGUAUCAUUCUCAACGUCAGACAAAGGCGGAUUCCCAAAUACGACCUAUGUCUAAUUUUUACGAGUAUGAAAGUGUCCAAUCUAUAUUGAGCAACCGCGGUCGGUCGAAUGCCCCUGCCCAAUAUGCCAAGCAAUCAUCGUCGGGUCAUCAUUUCCAGGAUAUGAAUUCCAAUUCCCUGCCUAGGAACCAACAGGGGCAACUUCCCCAAACUCGCGGCAGUCAAAGAGGUCCUUUUGUGACGCAGGUCACUAUCGGUGAACAGAACGGUACAAAAGUUUAGUGAUGAUUGGUUGUCCAAUGAAAACUGGAGCCCAGAUGGUUUUAUAUGUCUCUCAAUGACAAGGAGGAAUAUUUCCUAUUGUUGGUGUACUUUUUCUUGCUCCAACUUCAAUUCAAGAAACAGGUUUUUUCCACUUACUUAAGUUGAAAUAUCCCCAAGAAUCCAAAAUUCAAAUAUUCUCGAAUUUUAUUAUUUCAAUAGAGAAAAUUAUAUAUAUCAUAAUAUGAAAGACUGAUCUUAUUACAAUCUGUCUUUAAUUUAAUUUACUUUUGAGCUUUAAACAUACAACACAAUUUUUUUUCAAUUAUUAUUUUACAUUGUAGUGAAAAUGAUCAUUCCAUCUCCAAAAACUAAUUGGUAAUAUUGUCUACUCUAUAUGAGUCGCUUUACUCGAUGUGUUUUAAAUUGAAGUGACUAAAUAUUUUCUUCUUCUGACUUUCAUACAAUUCUUUUAUGUUGAGUCAGUGCCCAAAAUUUAUAGACAAUAUUGAACUGUAAUUUAUCGAUUAUUUUAUUUAUACAUCCCUUC